AUGUCCGAAACCGACCCAGCAUCUUCAAGCCUCAAAUCUCUCUGGGAAAAAGCAGAGCGCCAGCGAAAAGAUCUCUCAACUUUCACCGAUUACAAUUCUAUCGCCUAUAAGAAUGCCGUAGCAGAGGCUUUAGCUACAGUAUCCACCUGCAAGGAUGUCAUAAACAACCUCUCACUUUUCAGCAACAACGAGAUUUUAGAGGAUGCUGCUACAAAUGAACUUAAAUAUAUCCUCGCAGACGCCUACAGAGGGGAGCUCCUCCUAAAGCAACAUGACCGCUCAACCCGCUUGUCCACUUUACAUGACGCCAGAACCGCGUAUAGAUCAUUCCUAUCCCUCUGCGAUUCAUACGCUCUUCUAGGAUCCUAUGAAAAGAAAGCAUACCAAGUUUCCGAUAAGAUCUCGCCGACAGUAUUCUCCGAGAUCCACAUAGAUGCUGCCGCAAGAAGGAACGCAAAGAUCGAACAGUACAAGCACGAAAAGGAGCUAAAGGCCAAACUAGACCAGCUCUCAAACCUCGCACAAUCCCCCAAUGUCGACGAUGAAGAUAUCCGUUCUCUAUACCUCUCCCAAAUCGAGCUAGCGGUAAUGCAAUCCCUCCAACAACUCGAAGGUAUCUACCUCGAGAUCGAUAUCCUCGGCAAAGCACCUUCGGAAGAACAGCUUCUUGAGCAACGUAGGAGACAACAGGAGGAAGACGAACGGUCCAGACGGCGGAAAGCGGAUGAUGGCUAUUCUGAUCGCGUUGAUCCUUCUGAAAUAUUUAGAAAGGCGAAUGGAAGACCGUUGUUAAGUUCUGACGGGAAACCUUUGAGGCCGUUCACAUUACUUUCGAAUCGGGAGAUUGUGAAGGGUGGUGUUUUUGGACCGGGUCAUAGGUUGCCGACGAUGACUAUCGACGAUUACCUAGAGGCAGAGAAGCAACGAGGAGGGAUCAUUGAGGGUGGCGGUGAAGCAUCAGGCAGGCAACCAGAGCCAGAUGAAGAUAACCUCGAACUUGCAGACCAAGAAACAUACAAAGCAAGACAAUGGGACGAAUUUAAAGAAGCAAAUCCAAAGGGAUCCGGAAAUACAAUCAAUAGAGGAUGA